CCUUGCGUUCCAGGAAGCUGAACCUCUUGCAGCAACAAUUCUGACCAGGGUGGGGCGUCAGCGUCACAGUGACUCACUCCCAGACUUGUAGGUAAGAGAGAUUCGCGUUCACAAUCUUUUUGACUCUAUUCGCUUGCCGUAGCGCCUUAACCCGCUCGAGUUUCAAUGCGCGUUGUUGUUGGACGAAGCUGAGCCCUAUACACCGCCCGCUGCUCCUCCUGAUCAUGGCUUCUCCGAGUUCCUUCACCUACUACUGCUCUCCAUCUUCCUCCCCUGUCUGGUCAGAGCCGCUGUACAGUCUGAGGCCCGAGCACGCGAGGGAGCGGUUGCAGGACGACUCGGUGGAAACAGUCACGUCCAUAGAACAGGCAAAAGUAGAAGAAAAGAUCCAAGAAGUCUUCAAUACGUACAAGUUCAACCACUUUGUACCAAGGCUGGUUUUGCAGAGGGAGAAGCACUUCCAUUACCUGAAAAGAGGCCUUCGACAGCUGACAGAUGCCUAUGAGUGUCUGGAUGCCAGCCGCCCAUGGCUCUGCUAUUGGGUCCUGCACAGCUUGGAACUGCUGGACGAACCCAUCCCCCAGACGGUGGCAACAGAUGUGUGUCACUUCCUGGAGCUGUGUCAGAGCCCAGACGGUGGCUUCGGAGGGGGCCCUGGCCAGUACCCACACCUCGCACCCACGUAUGCAGCAGUCAAUGCACUGUGCAUCAUUGGCACCGAGGAGGCCUAUGACGUCAUUAACAGAGAGAAGCUUCUGCAGUACCUGUAUUCUCUGAAGCAGCCUGAUGGUUCUUUCCUCAUGCACGUGGGAGGUGAGGUGGAUGUGAGAAGUGCGUACUGUGCCGCCUCGGUAGCUUCUCUGACCAACAUCAUCACUCCAGACCUCUUUGAGGGCACUGCCGAAUGGAUAGCAAGGUGUCAGAACUGGGAAGGUGGAAUUGGCGGAGUUCCAGGGAUGGAAGCCCACGGGGGCUAUACUUUCUGUGGCCUGGCUGCACUGGUCAUCCUCAAGAGGGAGCGUUCCGUAAACCUGAAGAACUUAUUGCAAUGGGUGACAAGCCGGCAGAUGCGGUUUGAAGGAGGAUUUCAGGGCCGCUGCAACAAGCUGGUGGAUGGCUGCUACUCCUUUUGGCAGGCGGGGCUCCUGCCCCUCCUCCACCGUGCGCUGCACGCUCAAGGUGACCCUGCCCUCAGCAUGAGCCACUGGAUGUUCCAUCAGCAGGCGCUGCAGGAGUACAUUCUCAUGUGCUGCCAGUGCCCCGCGGGGGGGCUUCUGGAUAAACCUGGCAAGUCGCGGGACUUCUACCACACCUGCUACUGCCUGAGCGGCCUGUCCAUAGCUCAGCACUUUGGCAGUGGAGCCAUGCUGCACGACGUGGUCCUGGGUGUGCCUGAAAACGCUCUGCAGCCCACUCACCCUGUGUACAACAUUGGACCCGAUAAGGUGAUCCAGGCCACCAUGCACUUUUUGCAGAAGCCGGUCCCAGGCUUUGAGGAGCAUGAGGAUGAGGCAACAGCAGAACCUUCUACCAACUAGAGGACACAACAUCCCAAGUCUCUGUGCUCACUGCAGCUCAGUGUUCACCUGUUCAGACAAGGUUUAUACAUUUCGAUAAUACUGUAUUCUAUGCUGCACAAGCCUUGGCCACUGUGGAGCUGUGAUGGCCCUUUCUUCUCAAAUAGAACAAAACCAAUGGCUCUGGGUUUGGAGAACGCAGGGGCAUGGUUAAAAAAAAAUAUAUUUCCACUCCUGACAAACCAAAAAUCUAUCAGCACGUGCAGCAUCUAAACCAAUUUGGGCCUGGCCAGGGUUGGCAGGGGAACAGAGCAUGCUGGGAAGAAGCAGCCCCGCCCCACCAGCUCUCCAGCCCGGAGAGUUCUGUUGAAAUGAAUGACGUCCAUGAGUAUUACAGCAGCUGUUGCUGCGAUUCCCACUUGCGCGCCACCAUGAAGUCGCCAAGAAGGUGCCCUCCCAUGGGUGAAUAAGUCUACUCUAUGCCAAGGGAGGGGUUUUGGACCCCACCCAAAUGAAUUUUCCAGAAAAACUGUGGUGGGGCUUCACUAGAAGGUGCCCAAGGCUCUCGCCUCCCUCCCUGGUCAUUUGCAAUGGAAAAGAGCUGGGUCCCUCCUCCUCCACACUGGAGAGCUGAGCCACACAUCUCUCGAAGGUGCACGCUCUGGUGUGGGAAACCAAUUAUGAGUGGAAAAUGAACCUCUAAUUCAACUCUAUGCCAGAGGAGGCAGCCCCAGGGCCCCGCCCUCACCCCAGCCCAUCAUGUACUGUGAACAGUCCCUCCGACGGCCUCGCGGCGGUGCCUGCAGCCCACGGCCAUUCUCCAUGUUUCCAUCUUUCUUCCACCAGAGUCCCAGCCUACACUCCUCAAAGACAGCGUUGUCUUCUCUCACCCAGAGUGUUAACACUACUAAGUCCUUCGCCGUAACUUCUGACUCAGGAUCUCAGGAUUUCUUCACAUCCUGCCCACCCCAGGCUCGGAGACGUAAAAUCCAGCGUGGGACAAGCUGGCUGCUGCUGAGGCCGUGGCCGCGUGGACCUGGCCGUGGCAGGGCUGGGCGCUGCCUGCGUGCUCAGCUCCUGCCGCUCGCACAGGACCCUUUCUUGGUCAGCAGGGUGUUGAGUUGAGUCGUCUGUCCAUGUGGCAUGUGGUCACAGCAGGCUCCAUGGCGCGGGCUGGGCUGUCCUGUAGGCGGUCGAGGGCUGUGGGCCGAGCGAGCUGAGCUGUGGCAUGGGGCUCUUCUCAACGACUGGCCAUUUGCUGCCUCUAAUUCCCUAUUGCU